ACAGCUCGAGGAGGCUUAGUGGACGACGACGCGCUAGCUCAGGCCCUAAAACAAGGACGCAUCCGCGCGGCCGCCCUGGAUGUACAUGAGAACGAACCCUACAAUGUGUUCACUGGCCCCCUCAAAGACGCCCCAAACCUCUUGUGUACACCGCACGCGGCCUUCUACAGCGACGCCUCAGCCACUGAACUGCGGGAAAUGGCAGCAUCGGAGAUCAGGAGGGCGAUCAUGGGCAGGAUACCUGAGUGUCUGAGAAAUUGCGUCAACAAGGAGUACUUCAUGGGGCAGGGCUCAUAUCCCGAAGGUACAG